UCGACCAUGAAAUCCCCCCAUUCAGCCUCCCCAUGGACCCGGGGAACUUUUAAGGCAGGGGCUGCUACUGCCGCUGCUUCCCCUUGAUCUGCCUGCUCCCUUCGCUUCCCCCCGCCCCAUCAUCUAUCCCGGGUUCCUUAAUAAUAAUUAUUAAUGUUACUAGCCGGGCAUGUGAAGCCCCCCAGCUGCAUCAUGCGGGCAACCUGCACUUUGCUGCUGCGCCAACUUAGCCUCCUCCUCCUGCUGCUGCUGGAGCCCUCUGCGGGAUCGGGCCCCUUCGCCUCCUCCAGCGACCCCCGUGCUCGGACCCAGCUCAGCGGAGCCACCACGCCGGCCGCGGGGCCGCAGGGUUCUUCCAGCCGGGGCGUCUCUGCAGCUGCUGCGGCGGCGGCGGCAGCGGCUGCUUCGCGGCUGCCUCCCUGGGAGAGGGAGAGCUCCGUGCCCUGGGCGCCGCCAGUGUCCGGCAGCACCUCGGAGCCGGCGGCGGGAGGACACACCAGCAGCCCGGUCAUUGGAAGCAGCUAUCAGACACUUAGAAGUUCAGAUAUUGAAAUGAGGACUUCCAGGUCUCCUACGGACAAUAUGGAGACACUGACUACAUUCUCCAGAAGUGGAGAGAGGACGUUGCUGUCUGUAACAAACAGUGCCAUGUCUACAACUGCAACAGAAAGCACCACCUCUUAUACAGAAAUGAUCAGUUCUGCAGAUUUAACCCAACAGUCCUCUUCUGUAGAGCAGAACAGAAGAAAUAGCUCCUCAAGUGACAUGUAUUUCACUAAGCCUGGAACGGAGCCUUUGAUUGUACAUUCUUCUGAGAUACCCACCUAUUCAUCUUCACAAAGUGAUCCUCCAGCCAUUGGAAGCAGCCACGAGACAGCUAGCAUCUGGGAUAUGGAAAAAAAGACUCCUAGUUCUCAUACUGGUAGUAUGUACAUUUCGCCUACAUUCCGCAGAGGUGGGGAGAGGACAAUACAGUUGCUAACAAACAGCAUCACUUCGACUGAUUCACUAAAAAGCACCACUUCUCAUACAGAAAUUGCCAUGUCUUCAGAUCUAUCCCACUCCUCAGCUUCUAUAGCAUGGACUGGAGGAAGUAAUAGAUCAUCAACUAUCGCUGCUCUCCCUGAGUCUUCAACAGGGCCUUUACUUAUAUAUUCCCCUUUAAAGAGUGGUCUCCCAGCCAUUGAAAGUAGCCAUCAGCCAACUAACGGCUCAGAGAAAAAUAUUGCCAGUUCUCACAUUGCCAGUACGUACAUUUCAACUACAUCCACCAGAGCUGGAGCAGGGACGUUACAAGAUCUCAUAAACAGCAGCAGAUCUUCUAAUGCAACAGGAAACUCUACUUCUGGUACUGAAAUGUCCAGCUCUUCGUAUUUAACCCAGUCGUCAUCUAUAUCUUCUAUAGCACUGACCAGUGGAAUUCAUAUCUCAUUGGCUGCCACAGAUUUCACAGAGCCUUCAACCGACCCUUUGCUUACACAGUCUCAUUCUGCUUCAGAAACUGUUUCCAAAGCCAUUGGAAGUAGCCACCAGCCAAUUAACAUCUCAGCUACAGAAAAAAGGACUUCUGAUUUGCAUACCACCAGUACAUACAUUUCAACAUCAUUCACGAGAGGUGGAGAGAGGACGUUAAGAUCUCUAAUGAACAACAGCACAUUACCUGAUGUAGCAGACAGCUCCACUUCUGACUUAGAAAAUACCAAGUCUUCAGAUUUACCCCAGCCCUCGUCUCCUGUAGCACAGGCUGGAGGAAGUAAUAUCUCAUCAAGUGACUUGACUGAGCCUUCCACAGAGUCUUUGUUUACACAUUCUUCCAAGAUCCCAAGUUAUUCGUCUUCCCCAAAUGAUCUUGCAGCUAUAGUAAGUAGCAACCAACCAAUUAGCAUCUCAGCUACAGAAAAAAGAACUUCUGAUUUACAUACCACCACUACAUAUAUUUCAACAACAUUGAUCAAAGUUGAUGAGAGGACAUUAAGAUCCCUAACGAACGGCAAUGUAUCACCUGAUGCAGCAGAAAGCUCCACUUCUAAUUUAGAAAAUACAAAGGCUUCUGAUUUAACCCAGGCCUCAACCUCUGUAACGCAGGGGGGAGGAAGUAAUAUCUCCUCAACUGACUUCACUGACCCUUCAACGGAGGCUUUGCUUACACAUUCUUCCAAGAGCUCAAGUUAUUCGUCUUCGCCAAAUGAUCUUGCAGCUAUUGGAAGUAGUCACCAACCGGUUAACAUCUCCACUACAGAAACAAGGAAUUCUGAUGUGCAUACUUCCAGUACCUAUAUUUCAAUGACAUUCACCGGAGCUUCAGAGAGGAGCUUAACGUCUCUAACAAACAGCAGCACAUUGCCCGAUGCAGCAGAAAGCUCCACUUCUAACUUAGGAAAUAUCAACUCUUCAGAUUUACCCCAGCCCUCGUCUGCUGUAGCACAGGCUGGAGGAAAUAAUAUCUCAUCUAGUGACUUCACUGAGCCUUCCACGGAGCCUUUGCUUACGCAUUCUUCCAAGAUCCCAAGUUAUUCGUCUUCCCCAAAUGAUCUUGCAGCUAUUGGAAGUAGUCACCAACCGGUUAACAUCUCCACUACAGAAACAAGGACUUCUGAUGUGCAUACUUCCAGUACCUAUAUUUCAGUGACAUUCACCGGAGCUUCAGAGAGGAGCUUAACGUCUCUAACAAACAGCAGCACAUUGCCCGAUGCAGCAGAAAGCUCCACUUCUAACUUAGGAAAUAUCAACUCUUCAGAUUUACCCCAGUCCUCGUCUACUGUAGCACAGGCUGGAGGAAAUAAUAUCUCAUCUAGUGACUUCACUGAGCCUUCCACGGAGCCUUUGCUUACGCAUUCUUCCAAGAUCCCAAGUUAUUCGUCUUCCCCAAAUGAUCUUGCAGCUAUUGGAAGUAGCCACCAACCAAUUAGCAUCUCAGCUACAGAAACAAGGACUUCUGAUUUGCAUACUUCCAGUACCUAUAUUUCAAUGACAUCCAUUAGAGGUGAAAAGAGGACAUCAAGGUCUCUAACCUACAGCAGCACCUUGCCUGAUGUGACAGACAGCUCCACUUCUUACUUAGAAAAUACCAAGUCUUCAGAUUUCCCCCAGCCCUCGUCUCCUGUAGGACAGGCUGGAAGAAGUAAUAUCUCAUCAAGUGACUUCACUGAGCUUUCCACAGAGUCUUUGUUUACACAUUCUUCCAAGAUCCCAAGUUAUUCGUCUUCCCCAAAUGAUCUUGCAGCCAUGGAAAGUAGCCCCCAACCAACUAGCAUCUCAGCUACAGAGAAAAGGACUUCUGAUUUGCAUACCACCAGUAGUUACAUUUCAACAACAUUCACCAGAGGUGGAGAGAAGACGUUCAGAUCCCUAACAAACAGCGGCACAUCACCUGAUGCAACAGAAAGCUCUACUUCUAACUUAGAAAAUACCCAGUCUUCAGAUUUACCCCAGCCCUCAUCUCCUGUAGUAGAGAGUGGAGGAAGUAAUAUCUCAUCAAGUGACUUCACUGAGCCUUCGACGGAGCCUUUGCUUACACAUUCUCCCAAGAUCCCAACUCCUUCGUCUUCAUCAAAUGAUCUCGCUGAUUUUAAUUCCUUUUCAGGAGUUGGAAGUAGCCAUCAAUCGGUUACAAUUUCAGAUAGAGAAAAAGAGAUUUCCAGUUCUCCUACUCAUAGUACGUACGUGUCAACGACAUUCGCCAGAGGUGAGGAGAGGACAUCCCAAUCUCAAACUCACAGCAGCACAUCGACUGCGGCAACAGAAAUCUCCACUCAUAAUAUAGACGCGGCCGAGUCUUCAGAUUCAACCCAGUUCUUAUCUUCUGUAUCACAGGCUGGAGGUUUCAAUAUCUCAUCAAGUGAUGCCGAUUUCAUGGAGCCUUCCACCGAGCCUUUGCUUACUGAUUCUUCCAAGAGCUCAACGUUGUCUUUACCCAAUGAUACAACCUCCAUUGGAAGUAACCAUCGGUCUCUUAGCAGCUCAAAAACCGAAAAAAGUCCUUAUACUGACAGUAUGUACAGUUCAGCUACGUUAACAGGAGGUGGAGAAAGGACGUCACAAUCUCUGACAAAUAGCACAUCUACCCAUACAACAGAAAGCUCCACUUCGUAUACAGAAAUUGGCAAUUCCUCAGAAUUAAUUCAGUCACCUUCAAUGGCAGAGACUAGAGGGACGAGUAUGUCAGCAAAUGAUAUGGGUUUCACUGGGUCUUCAACUGAGACUUUCUUUAUACGUUCUUCCAAGAUACCAACUGACUCUUCUUUCCAAAAUGAUCCUUCAAGCAUUGCAAGUAGCCAUCAACCAGUUAGCAGCAUCGACACUGAGAAAAGGACCUCUGUUUCUCGCACUGACAGCAUGUACAUUCAAACCACAUUCAGUAGAGGCGGAGACAGGACGUUACUGUCUAUAUCAAAUAACAGCACCUCUGCCGAAUCAUCAGAAAGUUCCACUUUUUAUGCAGAAAUUUCCAACUCUUCAGAUUUAGCACAAUCCUCAUCUUUUAUGGCUCAGAGCAGAGGAAGUAACGUAUCAUCAACUGACGGGGAUUUAAUUGCUCCAUCUACAGAGCCUUUGCUUGUACAUUCUUCCAAAAUGCCAACUUACUCUUCUACAGUCAAUCUACAAAAUGCAACUCUGUUUUUCACUGGCACUGAAUCGUCGCCAACUGGCAGCUCAUCAUUAUCUUCAUCAGUAUUUCCAUCCUCUUCCUCGGUGUCAUCAUUACAUCACUUGCUUUCAUCAACGCCAUCGCCACCUCAUUCAUUUGCAUCAUCAGAGUCAUCUCCACCAUCCUCUUCAUCGGUGAUACCAUCAUCGUCACUCCCACCACCAUCUUUGUCGUCAUCUUUAUCCACCUCCUCGUCAGUUGAAUCAUUUCCUUUAUUACCAUCCUUAAUACCUUCAUUUUCUUCAGCAUCUUCACCAUCACACGCUGGUGACAGUUUUCAAACCAGCAGGUCCAUGGUUACAUCAGGAGGGACAGACACAAUGGAGCCAUCGACUGCUGUGUUCUCUGGAAGUACACCCAGACAGUACAGCAAUCACAGCAGACCACACCAGUUGAAAGAGAGCACUAGUUUCAAAACCACAGGACCACUUCCUCUUCAGACUGAACCUAUGGAACAGCUCAGCAGUCGCUCUUCAUCCACAUCAGCUUCCGCACUUGUAACAGCGAGCUCCGCAGGAGGAACCUUCACUUCCAGUGGGGACCAUUUUGAAAAGACAACUUUGCUUCUGACAACAGCUGCUCCAAGUCUGAGCAAGGAUACCCAACACACUGAGAUGGCAAAAGCAUCGACCAGUAUCUUGCCAAAUAUGACAAGUCAAAGAGAUGUAUUCCCUGCAGUGGAAUUAACAACAGGGAAAACAGUUACACUGUCAACAGACAUGACUUUUGGGCCACAGCGUUCUGUGCCAACUACAGAUCAUUCUAUUACUACGAAAACUCGCAGAGUUCAAACUGCUGCUACCACGACAGUGGCCUACGUAACUGGAGUAACUACAAAAUCAAUGGAAACUAGCACUGCAACUAGCAUUAAAAUCACCGAAGAAAAUAUCCCAGCUACACAUCCUUCCAAAACAUCUUCCUCGAGCAAAACCACUGCAGGGUUUUCCACCACUUCGGCAGCAGCUACCAAACCAACUACUGUUGCUCUGUUCAGUCGCACAAGGGCAUUAGUAACUACUUCUCAUACAACAGUCAAUGUCUGCACCACAAACCCUUGUCUGCAUGAUGGAAAAUGUGUUAUUAAUGGUGUUAUGGGCAAAUAUCAGUGCAAGUGUUCACCAGCCUGGCAAGGAGAAGACUGCAGUGAAGAUGUGGAUGAAUGUCUUUCUAAUCCAUGCCCAGAUUUGGCCACAUGUAAUAAUACUCAGGGCUCCUAUGUCUGCAAAUGUCCUCUUGGAUACCGGCUAGAAAAAGGAAAAUGCAAUUUAGUAAGAACAUUUGUUGAUCAAGUUGCACUGAAACUGAACACUACUCAUGGGAAGUAUUCUGAACUCCCUCGAAUUGAAGAUGAAAUAAUAACAAUGCUGAACAUGUCUCUUUCAACGUUACCUGGCUAUUACAACUCAGUGGUUAAAGCUGCAAGGGAGUCCAGUUCUGUCCGAGUUUCAGUCCAAACCACCUUUUCUUUAACAUCUAACGUGACGCUCCUUGACAUUUGUAGAAGUGUACAAAGCUACAUCAGUGCUUGCAAAACUCCUGCUGAAACCUGCCAGUUCAUCUCCAACCUUACGCUGCUCCACAGAGUUGGCGGUUUGUGUAAACAGAAGGACCCUGAAUGCGACAGAGAAACUUCGGAAUGCACCGACCAGGAUGGCAUUGCAGUCUGUCAGUGCAAGAGUGGAUACUUUAAAUACAAGAAGAUAGAUCAUUCCUGCAGAGCUUGCGAAGAUGGAUAUAGGCUUGAAAAUGAGACCUGUGUGAGGUGCCCAUUCGGCUUGGGGGGAUUGAACUGUAGAAACCCGUAUCAGCUAAUCACCGUGGUGAUUGCAGCUGCAGGAGGGGGACUUCUGCUUAUCCUGGGGAUAGCACUGAUCAUCACUUGCUGCCGGAAGAACAAAAAUGACAUAAGUAAACUCAUCUUCAAGAGUGGGGAUUUCCAAAUGUCGCCAUAUGCCGAGUACCCCAAGAAUCCUCGAGCACAGGAGUGGGGCAGAGAGACCAUAGAAAUGCAAGAAAAUGGAAGCACUAAAAACCUGCUGCAGAUGACGGAUGUCUAUUAUUCGCCGACUGGUCUAAGAAACGCGGAACUGGAAAGAAAUGGACUUUAUCCUCCCUACACUGGUUUACCUGGAUCCAGACAUUCAUGCAUCUACCCUGGACAAUAUAACCUAUCCUUUAUUAGUGAUGAAACCAGAAGAAGAGACUAUUUUUAACAUAAUUGUGUGGGAGUGGAAGAUCAACAUAGAUAUGUGUCCUUGUUUACCAGGUACACUCUGUCACAUGACAGUUCAGCUGAUACCAGUCUUAAUCUUAACAUACAGGAAGGACUUUGAACUCAAAAGAACACGGAGCACUGCUGCCUUGAAAACCCAUUUGUAGUUGUUGAGUAGCGAAGAUGGAGGGGAAGAAUGAGCCAAUAUGCAGAUCUGUAAAAGACCCAGGUGGAAGUUUAUGGAAGUUAACUUAUGCACUCCACUUUUAUCUUCGCCAUUGACGUCACAUAACAUGAAUUUGUUAAUAGAUCAGUACGGACAGACUAACUGUUGCCUGCACUCUAAAAUGAAUACCACUAGGGAGUGUUUUGUUUACAGAUAUUGUAAAAUUACAGGUAUUGGUCUGACUACUGUGUGUUUCCUCUUGGCCAACUUUUAUGCAAAGAUGCAGUGUGUGCUCUUUUUGGGUAGGAAGUGUAUGUUCAUUUCAGACCCUUCUCUGCCUUUCCAUGUUGUGAUCUGCUUCCUAUGCAACAAGGGAGCUGGAUUUCCCACUAAAUAUUAGUUUUCUUUAUUGGUAUGUGUCAUUCUGUCAAGUGUCUCAGUGCUUAACUAAGCACUGCAUCUGGCAAUGAUGGCUGAAUUCAUAGGUUGACAUUUUCAAAGGAGUAUGGGGGAUUUAGCCACGCCUCCUUAAUUUUAAUGGGAAAAGGUAUAACUGAUCCCUUGCACUGCUUUGAAAAUCUCCUUUGUGUUUGGAAAUGUCUGAAUGUGACAGUGUAUUGCCCACUGAGCUGCAUUGUUGUUCAAAACUUGUGGUGUUAUAUUGUGGUAAGUCACCAUAGCAACCUCCAGCAGGAAUUUAAAUGCUUUUUAAAAGCAGCAAGAUCAGAUAAAGUGUUCGUUAAUGGAGCAAUAAAUUACAAGAUAAAAUUGUUGAGGUAGAUCGCAUUGCUUUGCAGAAAAUGUGUGUAGCCAUAAUGAACUUCAGGGAGAAAGUGGGCAAGAACAAAAGUAUUAUAGCCCUGGUUGGACUGAUGUACCAUGAAUUUUAGACUUUGCAUUGGAUCCAGCCAGCCACAGCUCCCAUGAUUUCAAUGAGCACUGCAGAGCUACUCAGCACAUCAGAAAAUCAGGCCUAUUGUGGCCAGAUGCAUUUGACUGUGGGAGAAGCACAAGGCUUAAGGAUUUCCAGCUGUCUUCUCUGUGUCAGUCCUAUUAGCUGGCAGUUUGCACUGGAUUGCCAGUUAGUCACUGCAAAUGGAGCUGGUCAGGAAUUUGUGACAUUUUGACCCCCAAAAAUUCAACAUUUUUUGCAAAAAAGCAUUUUUUACAAGCUUAUUGUGUAGUCUGUGAUUUUAGAAAAUUUGAACGAUCAACAACAAAUUUGCAUGAAAAACUAUAACAUAUUUGUUGUGAAGGUCUUUCUGCAUUUUUCAAUAGAGUCUAACUUCACAGUUGUUUCAUUCUUGAAGAACUCUUUAACUUAUUUCACCAAUCCUAUUUGGUGAGUCUAUGUAGCUUCCCUGAACACAUUAUUUUUGAAGAUAUCACAUUUGGCUGUUGUAAAAAUGUCUGUUGAUCACUGAGGAAGAAGCUCCAAAUAGAUAAUUUAUUACAUUCCUAACUAAGGGUCUGAUCCAAAGCUCUCUGACUUCAUUCUGUGCAGGGUUGGGUGCUUGGUGAAGAUCACGUUAAUCAAAAACACUUAGUUUGUCUACACUGCAAAGUGAACUCGAAUUAUAAUUCAAGUUGCCCCUAGCUCAACUCCCUUCCACACACAAAAAUCCUUAACUCAAGUUAGCUGGUCUGAGUUGGGGUAUAAACUAAACUCGAAUCAGCUGUUAACAUAAUCUCUUUGUAGUGUGGCUGCAGGCUAGCUCCACUCUAGUGCCACUAAUCUUACAAUGCCUUCCCACAAUUCUCCCUGUGUGCUCAGAAAAGGCUUACAAGUUCUCCCACAAUACAUGGGAAAGAAUUUAUAGAGUGGCUUCGCUUACUGCAGCGCUUAACAAUGGAACGUGCCCUUAGAGUUCUUAGCGCCACAUUUGAGUGAGUACAGCAUCAGUGUGGACGCAGGAACUUGAGUGCUAUGUCCCAGAGUGGCUGCUGUCGCUGGCUAAGAUAACUCUAGAGCAGUAACUUUGCAGGGAAGGUCACAUGAGUUAACUCUAUAGUGAAGACAGACCCUCAAUUAACUAACACUUAAUAGUGUUUGUUUGCCAUAGAGCCUGUGAUCCUAAAGAGUCUUGCCCAGCACUCAGCAAGUUGUUGUGCCCCAUCUCAAGUGUGAACAGACGCACAAGUAAGAUUCAGUACUAGGCAUUAGUUCUUCUUUGAGUGUAGUGUCCCUGUGGGUGCUCCACUUUAGAUGUGCCUGAGCCUUUGGUUGGAGAUUUUUGGUAGCAGCAUCUGCUUGGCCCGCGUAUGUCCCACACACCCCUCCUGCCCCACACCGAGACUAUAUGAGGCCGUGCGGACGAACCACCCUCAGUUCCUUCUCAACCACCUGUGGCCUGAGACAGAGUCUCCAACUGUGCCUGUUCUCUACUAGUAUUCGGAAUUUAGUUUGUUGGUUAAUAUGUUCUGUUUAUAGUUGUUGGAACAGCUUUCUUUCUUUCUU